CUGCCCUCCAGCCGCUGCUGCAAAUUCAAGGUGACCAGAGGCAGAGAGAGCCUGACAGUUGAGCUGCUCUUUGGGGUGCAAGUAGGCAAUUCAGACAUCUCCGUGAGCAGCCAGCCUACACAGGCCCUCUUCACCCCAAGCACAAUGUGGCCUGAGACCUGCGCCGUGGCAGAGAUGAAGUUCUUCAGCCACAUUGCCAAUCAGGUUCCACAGGAGAGCUGGCACCUCAAGUGCCUGCAGCUCUUGGCCCAUACUCUGGUGGGCAUAGGCUUCUCCACUUAUACCCUGAAGACCAUUGUGAUGCACCUCCUGAACACCAGACCCGUGUCACGGUGGGGCAGGAGGCAAGUCCUGCGGCGGCUGGGGGAUACCAUGCAGUACCUGCACGGCUCCCUGGAGGAGAAAAACCUUGACCACUUUGUUGUGGGCAAUCAGACAUUUCCUCAGGAGAUUUUCUUGCCCCCAGAUGUCAAAACCGCCCAGCCACCCAACCUCUUCCAUCGCCUGGCGCAGGAUCCGGCCGCCCACACCCAGGCUAUGAUGGAGUACCAAGAACUCAGAGAUGGGAUCGAAAGAAUUGUCCUCUACAGCCAGUGA